AUGGCCAUAAUUACAGUAGUAGCUUGUCUUCUGCUCUUAAUGAGUGGCUCCUGCUCUGCUCAACUCUCUACUAACUUCUACUCUAAAACUUGUCCCAAAGUUCUAAGUGUAGUAAAACCAGUGGUUCGUUCUGCUGUCUCAAAGGAAAAGCGCAUGGGUGCUUCUCUCCUUCGUCUCCACUUCCAUGACUGCUUUGUCAAUGGCUGUGAUGGGUCGAUUCUCCUUGAUGACACUUCCUCUUUCACGGGGGAGCAGACUGCCCGUCCCAACAAUAAAUCUGCUAGGGGAUUCAAUGUGAUCGAUGAUAUCAAGUCCACGGUGGAGCAAGUUUGUCCCGGCGUUGUCUCAUGUGCUGAUAUCUUAGCUAUUGCUGCUCGUGAUUCCGUCGAAUUUCUUGGAGGGCCUAGUUGGAAUGUGAAACUUGGAAGAAGGGACUCCAAAACAGCAAGCUUUUCUGGUGCCAACGGUGGUCGUAUCCCAGCUCCCUCAUCUAGCCUUAGCAACCUCAUCUCUACGUUCCAAGCUGUUGGUCUCUCCGUUAAGGACAUGGUUGCUUUAUCUGGAUCACACACAAUUGGGCAAGCAAGGUGCGUCCAAUUCAGACCUCACGUCUACAAUGACACCAACAUAGACCGUUCCUUUGCUACCACAAGGCAAGGUAGUUGCCCAAGCAAGAUUGGCUCCGGAGACCAAAACUUAGCACCAUUGGACCUUCAGUCUCCCACUGCUUUCGACAACAACUACUACAAGAACCUCAUCAGCAAGAAAGGCCUUCUUCACUCUGAUCAAGAAUUGCACAACGGUGUAUCAACUGAUUCCCUCGUAGAAACUUACAGCAAAAACCCCAACACUUUCUUUUCUGAUUUUUCUGCUGCAAUGAUCAAGAUGGGAGAUAUCAGUCCGCUUACCGGAUCCAACGGCCAGAUCAGGAAGAACUGCGGGAAGGUCAAUCCAUGAAGAGGACAGGGUAUCUCAUUUUCCAUUACAAUAAAACAAGUUUGGUUUAAUUGCCAAACUAUAGGGACUAGGGAGGCAAUUUUUUUCUUUUUAUUUAGAAUGGUUUGGAAGGGCUAAGCAGGACUAAGAGUGAUCAAUUGUGCAUGAUUAAGUUGUGGGCUUAAAGCCUUUUGAGUCUUCAUGAUCAAUAAAAUGUUAUUCAGAUAGAAUGUUCUGCUAUAUAUGGCAUAGAUUCACUGUAAUAAUUAUUGUCUUUACU